UAAGAAAACAAAAUGUUGCUGUCAAUGAAUCAUCAAACAACACGACCCAAUUUCUUGCAUUUCCAUUCUUCUUGCCAUGGAAGAAGAAUUCCACACAAGCCACCUCUUCUUGUUUCUUUUCCUGCAAAAACGGAAUUCAAUCCCAAGUUCUUGCAUUGUUCUACAAAAUCUGUUUUUGUUUCUCCUGCAACAAUGGAAUUCAAUCCCAAGUUCUUGCAUUCUGCUAGUAAAUCAGUUCUUGUUUCUCCUGCAACAAUGAAAUUUCGUCCAAUGCUGUUUGCAUUGCCAAGAGACAAUGAAGAAUUUUCAUCUGACAAUGAAGAAGAAGAACCAAUAAUUCAAGAAGAGUUUGUCAGAAUUAGAGUAUGUGGUGCAUCGACGAUUUUGUCACAUAAUGGAGAGUAUGUGGUUAGAGAAGCCGAACUUGAAGAAGAGUUUAAGGCAUCAGCAGAGUUGAAAGCAGAAGGACUUUACGAAUAUCGAUCGCUUAACGAUGCUGUUCGUAGCUACGAAAAGGAGCAAAACGCGGAUUUGGAGUUUAAUGUGAUGAUGGGGCGAUAUGCGAGGAGUUAUUUAGAACCGUUCAUGUGCGUUAUUGCUGUAAGAAAGGAAGGCGAGAAUAUGCUUCAAAGCGUUAUUGGAACUCUGGAUCUUCGUGUCAAGUAUCUGUUAGAGGGGGAGACUUAUCCUGAGGAACUUGUGAAGCUCGGGAAUUUGUAUAGCAACUUCAAAAAAGGAGGAUCAGAGAAAUGUGGCAUAAUAACGAACGUAACUGUUGCUGAAAGUGCACGUCAGCAAGGCGUUGGAAGCAGCAUGCUGAAGUUUGCAAUUGAAGCUGCAAAAGAAAAAGGAGGUGUAAAGAAGAUAUUCUUACAAGUCGUUCGGGAUAACGAACCAGCAUUGGCACUAUACAGAAAGAUAGGAUUUGAGAUACUUGCAGAGGUGACUCCUCAGCUGGAAGAACAGAACCUAUACUUGUGCAGCUUAAAUCUCUAGUCUCAUUCUUUAAAACUUACAAAGGUUCUGUCCUAAAUGUAAAGCUCUGACAAUAGUAUUCAAUGAGAGCUAGCAUAAGAAAAAAUUACGUCCGCACAGUACCAUUCAUUGUAAAAUUCGUAUAAACA